AUGCCAAGUGUUAAUGAACCAUUGGAUAAUAUUGCUGAUGCAUUAAGGCUUUCACCGCUUGCAAUAGCUAUGGCAAAUGAAUUUGCCUCUAAUAUUUCUAAAACAUUAAUGAAAAUGGCAUUUAAUCUUGUCAUAUUCGGUUACCUUAUUCCAUCAGCAGUUAUCAUUUUAGUAACUAUUAUUACAUGUUGGUAUAUUCGUGAAGAAAUUCGUAAUCUUUAUCCAAUGCUCGUACCGGUUUGUUAA